AACCGAAGAAUGCUUACUAUUGACGCAUGGGGUAACCGGCAUUAUUUUGUGUUCCUGUGUUUUUGUGUAUUUUAAAUCGAUUAAGUGCCGUAGAAGGCUUAAGUUUUCAUCGAGACUGAGCAUCGAUAAGUGUGAAUUGAAAUGUGUAACUAACACAAAAUAUUAUUGUGUUGGUGUAAACAACUUUUGCAUUUAGUAAGCUGAAAAGUGCAUUUAUUCCAUUAAUAAUGAAUCACCCUAUGGAACUUGAUGUGUGGGCAGGCGAUUGGGGGCUAGCUUCAGUUGAUUUACAUUGUCUAGAAGUAAUGGCGUAUGCAACAUUUUGCGGGGUACCUCUGCAGUAUAAUGCAACAAAUAAUCCGUUUCGGACGCCAAAAGGAAAACUGCCUGUAUUCAGGCAUGGAAGUCAUGUUAUAUGUGGUUUCGACGAAAUAUGUAGUUAUCUAAGGAAGAAGAAUUUCAUUGCUGAUUAUCUGCUGAUUCCAAAGCAACAAGCAGAAAUUGUAGCGUUUUCGGAACUGCUUAAACAAAAGUUAUAUCCAAGUUUGCAGUUUGCUUGGUGGGUAGAUGAAAAAAAUUACAUAGAAUUAACAAGACCAUGGUAUUCAAAGGCACUUCCAUUUCCUUACAACUAUUACUACCCAGGAAAGUAUGAGAAAGAGGCAAAAAACAUGAUGUCAGCUUUAUUUGGAGAGGAUGAAGAAUUCUCUGCUCUGGAAGCAAAUGUCUAUAGUGAAGGAGAAAAGUGUUUGAAUGACCUAUCUACACGACUUGGUGAAAAUGAUUUUUUCUUUGGGUCUCAUCCAACAUCAUUAGAUGCAAAAGUGUAUGCAUAUUUAGCACCUCUCUUAAAAGCACCAUUUCCUAAUGCUGCUCUUCAGAAUCAUUUGAAAGCAUGUGACAAUUUGCUCAAAUUUGUUGUCAGAGUGUCACAUAGGUAUUUCCCUAAAGCAGUACAAGAUUAUGAAAUGAAGAAGCUUUCUGAGAAUAAUGAGAGAGCCGCCAGUAAGGAAAGUGACUUUCCUAAUAAAAGGAGGAAUCAGAUACUAGCUGGACUCUUUGCAACUGUGGCAAUGACUGGCUAUGCACUGUCUACAGGGUUAGUUGGGGUGAAGUUGAAAGAUGACGACGAUGAUGACUCAGAAGAACUUGCAGAGUAUCAAGACUUAUUUGAGAAUUCUGAAAAUACUGACAGUUAGUAAUGCAAAGGAAUUUUUGUGGACAUAUUGUGGUGCUGUUAAACAAGCCUUAUACAAUGUUUGUAUGGCAAAUGUUAUUUAUUUUAGUAUAUAAUAUACUUGUACCUCAGCAGCA